AAUGUGGACGGGUAAUAACCUUAUAUACUUCCUGGGAAUCAGGUAAUUUUUGGGAUGCGCAGUAGUAAUCUUGACAUACCCAUUCAACGUUCAAAGUUUUGAGAGGGCUGGUUCUUGGAAGUUUGACUCGUUUUCCCUUUUCUUUCCUAUAUAAUUCUCGAUUUCUUUUUUCCAUCUCUUGGUUUGUUCGGAUUUCUAUUAAAUUCCUUUUGAUGGUUGAAAACGAUUCGUAAACAGGUUUCCGUUUUCUUUUUAUUUACCAAUUAGCAGCAAUUUGUUGUUUUUUUUUUUUUUUCAACGAAUUUCCUUUCCUUGUACUAUAAUAAGCAUCAUUGAUCAUUAUACUUGACUUUUUCACCCAGUCCUAAUUCGAAACCAUGUCUGCUCUUCCACAUAAAGGUUCAUAUGACGCUCUUGGAGACCAAGAUGUUGACGAAAAGAAUGUCUUUUCCAUCUCUACGGCUUCCCUGCCAGACACAUCCUCUACUUCGACAAUUCAAAUCUCUUCCCCGAAAGAGGAAGACUUGAAAACCAAUGAUCUCGAGGCGCAGACUCCAACCUCAGCUUCUACUUCUUCUUUUCCAUCCGUCCCUCAACCUUCCCGUAUGAACAUCUUCUUUGCCGUCGCAUCCCAAAUUCUUUUCGCCAUUCUCGUCACCGUCUUGAAUAAGCAAGCCCUUAAUGUAAUACGAGCUCCUUUAUUAAUGCUGUCCCUCCAAAUGGCCUUUACGGCCGUCAUGGUAAAGGCUUAUUGGUGGGUUUCUUCCGGUUCCUCCCAAACGCUCCCUCUUUCUUCCGUGAAGCAAUUGAAAAAGUUUAUCUUCGUAAAAAUUCUGGGUAUCGUAAGUAAAACCUAUUGUCUCUCGUUUGUGCCGGUCUCGUUUUACCAAAUUUCUCGUGGAUUACUUUUACCUUUUACGAUUUUGCUUUCCUUUUUACUCCUUCAUCAAAAAACGCAUGCUUUCCCUCUUAUUGGAUGCUUUUUAGUAAUGCUUGGGUUUGUUUUUGGCGUUCAGUUUGAGCAGCACGUUCCCGUCAUAGGGAUCGUCUUGGGAAUUUGGAGUUCGUUCACUACGGCCAUCGAAUCGGUUGCUGUGAAGCAUUAUGUUCAUGAAUUUCCCACAUUGGAUUUGAUUUACAUUUUUGCAACUUAUAUGUCUGGCUUUUGUCUCUUUCUUUCCAUUUCCUCUCUUGAACUAUACAGCGUUGUUAGAUCCGUGAAUGGAGCGCAGAUAGCCAAAUUUUCCAUGAUCCUUCUUGCGUCUUCUUGUUCAAAUUUUUACCUAAACAUUGCAACCUUUACCCAGAUCAAGGUCACUUCACCCGUUUCUUAUAUGAUUUCUGUUGCUACGCGCGGCGUCCUCCAGACACUUUUCGCGGUCGCCUUUUUAGGUGAAACUCUUUACGUAAAUCGCAUUUAUGGUGUCGUACUCAUUCUUGGUGGUACAACUCUUUACACGCUGGCAAAGGAACACGAACGACGUGGAACAAAAUAAAUUCAAAAUUAUCUUUUUUAUCUAUUGACAUGUGUGUUGAUUUUCUUUUCUUUUUUUCUUUUGUUAUUUUUUCCUUUUCCUUUUUUUAUUUUUCUUUUUUUCUUUAAUUUUUUUUCUUUUCUUUGUCUAUGCUUCUUAUCUUUCCUUAUGAUUUGCAUUCGCAUUUUAUGAUUUUAUUUGACGAGUUCUUUUGUUUAUUUGAAUCUUUUCCUUUUUCUGUUUUAUUUUAUUUUUUUUUUAAAUGAUUUGUUUCUUUCUCCAACAAAAUAAAAUCUACAUUUCUUCUUUCUCAAACUUUGAAAAAACAUAUAGGAACGCAUAUGUGUCAGGUAAUUC